AUGUCUUCCUUUUCUCAAGUUUCUUUCCCCGUCGAGAUGGAGUUGGAUUCUCCCCCCACUUCAUCCUUCGGUUCUUCUUCUUCUUUCACUCCCUCCGAAGGCAGACCUAUCCCAUCUGUCUUUGGAAAUCCCUUCCUUCCUUCUCCCUCCAAAGGCAGGCUUCUUCCCCCUGCCUUUGGAGCUCCCUCCUCUCUCUCUUCUUCUUCUUCUCCUCAGCCGGUUGGCUCUCAGGUUGGCUCUCACACCGACUCUGAUCCAACCGAAGAUCUCAUCCAAGACUUCUCCUCCUUUGCCAUAGGGGCUGGCCCUCUCCCCCCUGCUCUUACCAAGCAGGUAGCCGCCCCUAUUCACCCCCUCUCUCUUAUGGCUGCUCGAGUCGCUUGGGCUAAGUGCAAGAAGAGCAAGUGCUCUCCCUCUGGCAAUCACUUCCGCCAGAAUCACCCCCUCUACCGCAAGUACUCCAACCUCUCUCUCUUCUCUUCUUCCCCCAAGAACCGCUCCAAGAGUGGCGAUAUCCCCCGUGGCCCCUCCUCUUCUUCUCCGGCGCCUGUGAAUCCCUUCAAGGCCAAGCCUGAAGGUAUUCGCAAGCGCCGUGGCCGGGGUCAGGGCAGAGCUCAGGUGAAGCAGCAUCAGGCUCAGGGCAAUGGUCAGACUCCUCCCCGUGGCCCUCGGAACUCUUCCCCUGAUCAGCGUCGGUCUAAUCCCCAGCCCGCUCGAGGUCAGCCUCGCGGGUCUAGACCGAAUGGCAAUCAGGGCCCGAGGGCUGCUCAGUCUGUUAACCGCAAUCCCUUUACGCCUGUUGCUGUGAAUCCGUUCUCUCGUCCCUUGCCCCAGGCAUCCGCUCCCGCUCCCCCUUCUCAGCCACGCAAUCGUCGCUCUCGGGGCGGUUCUCGCCGCAACCCCAUCACUCUCUGA